AUGGAAGUGCCUCAAGACAUUGUUUUUGAGAUAUUUUCAUGGUUACCUGCAAAAAGUAUUUGUAAGUUCAUGUCAACUUGCACUCCAUUAUCUAACUUUUCAAAAGAAAUAUUUUUCAAAACAAAACAGGCUCGGAAUUUGUUGGGGACAGAUGAUUCAUGUUUUUUUAUUCAACCUGAUCAAGUUAGUCAAAGGUAUGAAAAAAAAAUUGAAUUGCUUUCUUUACCUAAAGAGCGACCAUCUUCGGGUGUCCCCUAUAAUGCUCUUGCAUUCUUAUCAAAUUUUGUGUGUGUAUUAGAUUCAAGUAAUGGUUUGCUUCUUUGUCACACAAUUAAUGACCACUCAAUUGAGUUGUUUAUAUGCAACCCAAUUACAAAAUCUUGUUUUUUCAUUCAUACUCCAGAGUCACUUCAAAAAAAUCGUGAUUUUUGUAAUAUAAAUCUUAUGUUAGAUUGCUCUCACAGAUCUUUAAAUGAUUUCAAAGUGUUUCUUUUUGAAGUUACACCGGAUUGGUGGCCAACAUGUUAUAGAUGCAAUGUUUAUCAUGGUAAAGAAGGUGUGUGGAAAAUAAUGGAACAUAGUUUUCUACCCGGUGAAAGGGCCAUGAAAUUUGACAUGCCUGUGUUUCAUAAAAGAGCACUUCAUUUUAUCUCAGAUAACACUCCUUACAUUACAAAAUCAAGUCCUUUUUAUAAGCCAUAUAUAAUGUCUUAUAAUUUAGAGAAUGGAAAUUCAAAAAUGCUUAAGUUGCCGUGGAAAGCUAUAAAAGAUUGUCAUGACUGUAACAUGGGCAUAUUCAAUUGGGGCAAAGUUUCAAGCUCAAAUCAAUCCAUUUGCUUGGUGAAAUUGAUGAAAUUUGUUUUUACCGUGUGGUGUUUAAGCGAUUAUGAAUCAAGUAUUUGGCAAAGGGUUUUGAAAAUAAGAGUGAAAACAUUGGGAUUAAAGGAGAAAUAUCCUAAUGUUACCGGAUUUAUGAUUAUGAAUGGUCAUCUUUUAGUUUUUGCAACAGAAAAAAAUGUUUAUAGUUGUGAUUUGGGUGAUGAAAAGUUUAUGAUGGUCCAAGAAAUAGGUCAACACAACUGUGGACUUCACCCUCGCUUUAUCCCAUACUCAAAUACUCUUCGUCCAUGUGGAACUAAUGCUCGGGAUAUGUCUUAUUAA